GGCGACGAAUUGGGUUACGGAAGCCUGUGAGGGUCAUGAAGGUUUGGAAAUAAUUUCGUCUGAUUUGAAGGUCUAGCAAUCAUGAGUGCGUCUCUGUACAGAUUAUCCGCGACUCUCUUGCGCCGGGGCAAUAACCCAGGGACCGCGGCGGCCGUAUUGGGCCGCAGAUGGUGGAGUCAGAACACCUCUUCCCGGGAACACUUAGAGAGUUUGGUAAAGAAGGACAAGGUGGUGGUGUUUAUCAAGGGCACCCCAGCUCAGCCCAUGUGCGGCUUCAGUAAUGCUGUAGUGCAGAUCCUGCGGAUGCAUGGCGUCGAGGAAUACGCUGCCUACAAUGUACUGGAGGACCAGGACCUCAGGCAAGGAAUAAAGAAUUAUUCAAACUGGCCAACCAUCCCACAGGUAUAUUUAAACGGGGAGUUCCUCGGAGGAUGUGACAUUUUACUUCAGAUGCAUCAGAACGGAGACCUUGUGGAUGAGUUAAAGAAACUGGGAGUGCGCUCUGCAUUGCUGAAAGAAGAGACCAGCCAGGAAAAGAAGUAAAUUAUCAGAACCAGACACCUUUAUUAUAGACUAGUAAUGUUGAGAGCUUAAUUGGAAGAGGUCUGCUAACACCAGAAAAGCCUUAUACUACAGAGACUGUGCCAUCGUCUUUUUAAAUAAAGCUACAAGCUUCUCAAUGCUCCGUUUCCCUGUUGAGCGGACGUGCACCGCGCCCCCUCUGUUUUUCAGUGUGCUGCAGGCCAACCUUCUGCUCUGUGAUUUAUAUGCUGUUAUAUUUUAAGAACAUGACCACUCUUAUGGAGAAAAUAAAAUAAUGAUCCUAGAAUGUAUUGAAAACAAUAAAUAUAUAUUGAUCUGUUAAUAUUUAAUUCUGAAA